AUGUCGGGAGUUGGAAGCAGGAUGGAGGGCAGGACGCCGGGAAUAAGGAAGCUCCUGGGGAUUCUGGGAUUUUUCUGCUUUUGGAUUACAGCUCAGGCUCAGAUGAAGAUCCCACCGGAGACGGUGCAGCAGUGGGCGUCUGUGUUCUCCGUCCAGCUUCGAGAGCUCAGCACUAAAUACUCCGGCUCACUGCUGCUGCAGAAGAAACUGAAGGAUGUGGAGUCCAUCAUCAAGAUCGUGCAGGUGAACGGAAACGACCUGGUGAAAGAUUAUUCGGAUGAAAUCGAGCGAAUGUUGGGAAGCAAGAUGAAGUCCGUGAAGAGGUUAGCGGAGUCAGCAGAGGACGCCGACCUGUACCAUGAGUUCAACGCUUCAUUAAAGUUUGAUUACUACAACUCGAUGCUGAUCAACACGAUGGACGAGGACGGGAACAGCGUGGCGCUGGGCUCCGAGUUUCCCCUGGAGGAGAACGAACACUUCAACAACCUGCAGGUGAACAUGCUGCUGAGCGACAUCCAGAUCCCCACCAACGUCUACAACCGAGAUCCCAACAUCCUCAAUGCCAUCUACAACUCCGAGGCGUUAAACGACAUCUUCAUCGGUAACUUCCAGAAGGAUCCGACGCUCACCUGGCAAUUCUUCGGCAGCUCCACCGGCUUCUUCCGGAUCUACCCCGGUAUUAAAUGGACGCCUGACUCGAACGGUGUCGCAGCUUUCGACUGCAGGAACAGAAACUGGUACAUCCAGGCAGCCACGUCUCCCAAAGACAUCAUCAUCAUGGUGGACAUCAGCGGCAGCAUGAAGGGGCUGAAGAUGACCAUCGCCAAACACACCAUCAACACCAUCCUGGACACACUGGGAGAGAACGACUUCGUCAACGUGAUCGCUUACACAGACUACGUUCGCUACGUGGAGCCAUGCUUCAAAGGGACUCUGGUCCAGGCCGACUUGGACAACAGAGAGCACUUUAAGCAGCUGGUGGAGGAGCUGCAUGUUAAAGGAGAAGCAAAGAUCAAGAAUGCCAUGAAGGAAUCCUUCAAAAUCCUCAACGAGGCGAGGGUGAAAGGUCAGGGCAGCAUGUGUAACCAGGCCAUCAUGCUGAUCACAGACGGAGCCAUGGAGGACUUCGAGUCCGUCUUUGAGGAGUUCAACUGGCCGGAGCGCCGGGUGCGAGUAUUCACCUACCUGAUCGGCAGAGAGAUGACCUUCGCUCAAAACACAAAGUGGAUCGCCUGCAACAACAAAGGUUACUACACACACAUCUCCACGCUGGCCGACGUGCAGGAGAACGUCAUGGAGUAUCUGCACGUGCUCAGCCGACCAAUGGUCAUCAACCACAACCAUGACAUCAUCUGGACGGAGGCCUACAUGGACUCUGUGCUUCCGAACACCAAAGAGCUCUUCACCACCAAAGCUCAGAGUCUGCUGCUGAUGACGUCGGUGGCCAUGCCGGUCUUCAGCAAGAAGAAGGAAACGCUGUCCCAUGGGAUCCUGCUUGGUGUGGUCGGCUCCGACAUCCCACUGAUGGAGGUGAUGAAGCUGGCGCCCCGAUACAUGCUGGGAGCUCACGGCUACGUCUUCCUCAUCACUAACAACGGUUACAUCCUGGCGCACCCUGACCUUCGACCUCUGUAUAAAGAUGGAAAGAAACUGAAGCCGAAGCCGAACUACAACAGUGUGGACAUGUCUGAGGUGGAGUGGGAGGACACAGAGGAGACGCUGAGAACGGCCAUGGUGAAGGGAGAGACCGGCAGCAGCAGACUGAGCAUCAGAGCGUCGGUGGAUAAAGGGAAACGGCCUCUGUACCUCGUCAACGACUACUUCUACACAAACAUUGAUGAGACACCUUUCAGCUUCGGCAUGGCGCUGACGAGGGGUCACGGGAAUCUCAUGUUCUUUGGAAAUGUGUCUGUGGAGGAAGGCCUGCACGAUCUCACCUCCCCAGACCUGAGCAUCGCCAGCGAGUGGAUCUACUGUGAGACGGACACCGACCCGAGCCACCGGAAAUACUCUCAGCUUCAGGCCGCCAUCCGCUACCUGCUGGGGCUGGAGCCCGACCUCGAGUGCGAUGAGCUGUUGCUGCAGCACACGCUGUUUGACGCGGUGGUCACGGCGCCGCUGGAAGCCUACUGGAACGCCCUGAUGCUCAACGACAGGGUGGAGCCAGGGAUUGAGACGGCCUUCCUCGGUACUCGUGCCGGCCUGAUGAGGAUCAUGAGAUACGCAGGAGUGGAGGCCAGAGAGGCAAAAACGUUUCUGACGGCGGCUGAUAAAGACAACCUGUUCACCAUCGAUCACUUCCCCCUGUGGUACCGCCUGGCUGUGGAAAACACUCCCGGGAGCUUCUACUACUACGCCGUCAGCGACAAAGGUGGGAAGUACAUCAUCGCCACGACGGCAGUGACCGUGUCGUCCGAAGGGAAGACGGCCAUGGCCGGAGCUAUCGGGAUACAGAUGUCCUUGGAUUGGCUGGAAAAGAGGCUCUGGGCCAUCGCCAAGCAGCCCAGCGACACAGACUGUUCCUCCAUCGAAGGCGUUUGUCCUCUGAGCUGUGAGAGCGCCGAUCUGAACUGUUUCCUGGUGGACAACAACGGCUUCAUCCUGCUCUCCAAAGAGAGGAGUGAGGUUGGUCGAUUCUUCGGCGAGGUGGACGGGUCUGUGAUGGCGUCGCUCAUCAAGAUGGGAAUGUUCAAAAAAGUGUCGUUGUUCGACUACCAGGCAAUGUGUAAGAACAGUCAUCAUCACGCCAACAGCGCCCGGCCUCUGCUCAGCCCCUUUUAUGGCAUCGCUGCGUUGCUGAGAUGGUUCUUCUCCAACGCUCUAAUGUUCCUGCUGGACUUUAACUUCUGUGGUCUCUGGCACUCGGAUUAUUUUGUGGACGCCAAGGCUGGCUAUCAUACAAGUCAUAAGCAGAGGAAGGUGGACGCUCUGCAGCCCUGCGACACGGCGUAUCCCGGCUUCAUGUACGACUCGUCUGUCAGAGAAGCCAACAGCCUGAUCAAGUGUGGGCGCUGCCAGAAGAUGUUCGUGGUGCAGCAGGUUCCUGACAGUAACCUGGUGAUGGUUGUUACUCAGGCUGACUGUGACUGUUCCCGUCAGUAUGGACCCAUCCUGCUGGAGCCCAAAGAGAUCAAAUAUAACGCCACAGUGAAGUGCAACAGGAUGAAAUCCCAGAAGGUGCGGCGGCGUCCGGAGUCCUGCCACGCCUACCACCCGAAGGAAAACGCGAAGGAGUGCGGCGGGGCGGCGGCCAUCUUCCUGUCGCUCUGCGUCUUCUCGGCCUCUCUGCUCGCCUCGUCGCUCCUCCACCAUUGGACGUAAAGAACGGACCAAUCAGGAAGCUCCGAGGAAAGGGGGACAAAGAAACCAAAGGACGAUUUUUACUUCCCACGAGACGCCGGACGUCAGAUGCUCAGUGCGGGGAGAUGAACUGUUCCGCCGCUUUACACUUCCUGGACUUUAAACCGACGCAUCAAAGCUGGCGGACGUGCCGCGUGUUGCCGCUCGCACAAUGUUGCGUCUUUCUAGCUUUUUUUGAUACAGAAUUGUUGUUUACGAAGUAGUUUUACUUUCAAAUCAUUUACAAGUUCUUUGUUUUUUUAAAGCGACAUUUUCAGCUCUUCCCGAAGGUCAAAGGUCAACAGGAAAUACAGCGGCCAAAUGUUACCGGAACAUUUCGAGGUGACUUCCUGCAGGACUGGACUUUAGAGCUGAAACUGAAACACGGGAUACAAACAGACUAAAGAAAGUCUUCGUCUGUUUUAAUCAUCAAGAAACUUAUUUGUCAUUAUUCAGAUGCAACGUUUUAAUGUCUCAACGUCCUGAAAUACAUUUAAAUGUUACGUUUAAAUAAUCUCGACUUCUUUGGAAUAAUUAGUUUUUAUCAAAUGUCGGCCAUUUUGAAGCUGCAGAUCUUCUGAUCCUCGACGACGCGUUACCGGACGCGUUCGGCGUCAGAUAAUAUUCUCAUCUUUUAUAAAUAAGUCACAUUAAUGUUAAAUAAAUCGUGUACGAGCCAUAAAAGCAAUUUGUUGGUUUAACAUUUGACUUGGUGACGAAACUAAUAAAAAUAUAAUCAUUUCUGUUUUAUACAGUUUGUUAAAGGGAACUUGUUUUUUAUUGAUUCUUAUAAUUGAUCAUUAACAACUCUGCUGAAACUAAU